AUGGUUUUGUAUGGUUAUCUUUGGUACUUUAUGAGAAGUGCAUUGCCUCGGAGGACACCUGGAGAGGCGUCUCUCGAAGGAGUGCCUUUCGGGGGAGAUUCGAGGCCUCUCCCAGAGGAGGCUGAAGAGGCUCGGAGGAGACAGGAGCGAUGUUUACAGUUUUGGAGUCAUUCUACGGAGCUACUGACCUUGAAAAAAGCUAUAGACUUUAACAGAGAAGAAGCAAAUGUGAACCUGGUGAUAAUGGAUGAAGAGAAGUUGAUGCAUGUUGUUGAUCAGUGCUCAAAGAAGGGGAUGAAAGCAAUUGGGAAUCUGGCAGCAGCGUGUAUGGAUGAGCGAACAAAGGCAGAAUCGGCAUUCGAUGAAAGAAGUGGCUGA